GAAUUAGGUGAGGUGUUCCACCAGCUGCAUAUGUUGACUGCUCACAUGGCACACUUCUCGACCCAACUCAACUACUACCUGUCGUUCGACGUGGUGGAAUGCGGGUGGGUGGAGGCGAUGAAGCGACUACGUAGUGACUCCCUCGAUUCACCAGAGAGCCUCCUCCUUGCCCACUCCAACUUUCUCCAGUCGGCAACCAAGCAUGCUUUCCUCCAUCCGGAAUCCAGGGUGAUCAAGUCUCAGCUGCGUUUGCUGUAUGGGCUCCUGGAGGAUCUGCAGACACUAGUGGAGGGCUUCCUGCGGCCUGCAUUGGCCGAAAAAGAGCGGAUCGAUGCCCAUCGCGCCCGCACCGAGGAGCGCAUCCGCAACAAGAUGUAUGGUACCAAUGAGGCAGAGGAAGCUGCCCUUGCCCUUGCUUGGCAAAAAUUCCUGCCAAUUGUUGAGGAAACCCAGACAAAGGCACGGUGCCUGCUGACGACGUACGAGGAACAGAUGUCGGCGUUCCUCCUCGACCUGUGCUCCAUGGAGGACGUGCGGCUGCAGGACCUGUGCAUCCGCCUCGACAUCUCCGGAUAUUACGUCUCCCGCGACCAGAAGCUCCGCAUGUCCCUCACGCUGGCGCACCGACUCAGUCGCGGGCAGCUUCGGCUUCGGGCCGACCACGCUUCCGUUCCCAGUCUUCGCUGAAAACUGCCAGAAUUAUAUUCGAUUUUCUUCCCCCAUUGAAGUUGUCAUGAGUUGUUCCUUACUUAAGGUCCCACUAUGAAUCUCCAUGAUGUUCUGUGUCAGUUUCUCUUGUAUUUUCUUCCUACCCAUGUUUGUAAAAAUUUAUAUGCUUUUGUUGUCUGUGCCAUUGCGGAUGAUUUUACCAUUGUCGAUCCGGUCAAUGGAUUUUUGAUACCUCA